AUGUGGAGCAGAGAGAGCGCUUCUUUACUUCUCGUCUGCCUGCUGGCGCUCACAGCUCUCUGGAAAACCAGAUCAGUGAAUGCCGACACCACAUCUGAUGCCUUUAAAACCAACAUCACCCUGUUCACUCGCAUCCUGGACAGCCUGUUGGAUGGAUAUGACAACCGUCUGCGGCCUGGUCUUGGAGACAGGGUAACUGAGGUGAAGACAAACAUCUACGUCACCAGCUUCGGACCAGUUUCAGACACAGACAUGGAGUACACUAUAGAUGUUUUCUUCCGGCAAACCUGGAAGGACGAGCGGUUGAAAUUUCACGGGCCGAUGAAUAUCCUGCCGCUCAACAACCUGAUGGCGAGUAAGAUCUGGACUCCAGACACCUUCUUCCACAACGGGAAGAAGUCUGUGGCUCACAACAUGACGAUGCCCAACAAGCUGCUGAGAAUCAAAGACGACGGCACGCUGCUGUACACCAUGAGGUUAACUGUGCAUGCAGAGUGCCCAAUGCAUCUGGAGGAUUUCCCCAUGGACUUUCAUUCCUGUCCACUAAAAUUUGGCAGCUAUGCCUACACAAUCUCAGAAGUGACUUACGCUUGGACUAGAAAUGCCUCCGACUCCGUUGUGGUGGAAGGAGAAAGCUCUCGGCUGAACCAGUACGACCUGCUCGGACAAACGGUCGGACAGGAAACCAUCAAAUCGAGCACAGGUGAAUACACGGUGAUGACAGCUCAUUUCCAUCUGAAGAGGAAGAUCGGCUACUUUGUCAUCCAGACGUACCUGCCCUGCAUCAUGACAGUCAUUCUCUCCCAAGUGUCUUUCUGGCUGAAUAGAGAAUCAGUGCCGGCCAGGACUGUGUUCGGUGUAACCACCGUCCUCACCAUGACAACGCUGAGUAUAAGUGCGAGGAACUCCCUGCCGAAGGUUGCCUACGCCACCGCCAUGGACUGGUUCAUCGCCGUCUGCUACGCCUUCGUCUUCUCCGCUUUGAUUGAGUUUGCAACUGUCAAUUACUUCACGAAGCGCGGCUGGGCUUGGGACGGAAAGAGUGUCGUGAAUGACAAGAAAAAAGAGAGGGCGUCCGUGAUGAAGAAGAACAACGCCUACGCUGUAGCAGUGGCCAACUACGCGCCCAACAUCACCAAGGACUCCAGCACACUUCCAACCAUCGCCAAAGGAGGAGCCGCGGAUCCCAACAAGCCUAAAGACGGCAAAGCUCCGGACAGCAAGAAGACAUUCAACAGCGUCAGCAAAAUUGACAGGAUGUCACGGAUUUUGUUUCCGGUUCUCUUUGGCAGCUUCAACCUCGUCUACUGGGCCACCUACCUAAACAGAGAACCCGUUAUAAAGGACAUGGUCCCCUCUAAUUAG